AUCAGGGGGCGGGCUGUUCUAGGAAGUCAGGGCUGAGUGGGGCUUUGCGGCAGGCUUCUGGGAGUGGAGAAAACGAAACCUAAACUGUAUUAGGACCGAGUAGGAGGGGAUUAGGGGAGGAUGCUCUGUGGGUAGGGAGUGAGGCUGUUGCGUCUGCACUGAGACCCUCUUGGGCUCAGCGGAGGUCGCUGAGACUGUGGCAGCAGGGAUCUCGUGCUGUUCCCUCCCCCCACCUUCCCACCCCAGCUCAGGUGAGGGACGCGCGGAAUCGAGGCUGAGGGGCGCGUGCCUCACCUAGCUGGGCGACUGCUGGUGUUGGGGGCGGUGAUCCCGGCGCGUGCCCUAGAGCUGACAGUGGGGGGGAACGGGGUGGGGGGGCCGCAUCGGGGAGAGAGGGGGGAGGAGCGCGCUCGGGCUUCCUUCCAGGCUCUUCGCCCCCAGGCUGUACUCUGUAGCUUGGCGCCUUCGGGACCUGAACUGCCUCGCUUGCCUUCGGACCCCAGAGGAUUAGCGGUCCUGCGGAAGGGCCAGUUGCAGGGGUAAAGUUGUUCUUCCUUGAAGGCUUCUUUCUGCUGGAACAUGAAGUGCCCUAGUUGUCACUACAUCUCCAAAGAUGAAGCUCCUAAGUUCUGCAGCCACUGUGGAUGGAAUUUGGUUCCUGCAGUCAAGCUACAGAAGAACGGCAAAUCUCAGCUAACUUUGGAAGUGGAAAUAGAAUGUGGAAAAGAACUUAAGGGUGAUAAUGCUCUUCCUUUGGCAAUGGAUACUGUUGACCAUUUACCUGAUGGAAAUAAGGAGGUCCAUCCAGAUAAUGCCUCAGACUUGUCGUGGACUACACAAAAAACAAAGAAGAAAAAUAGAAAGAAGAAAAAGAAGAAGGAUCAGCAUCUUCCUUUAGAGGAGCUGGACUCUUUGUCCCUGUCUCAUUCAGCUCUAUCUAGCCUGAGUUCUCUUCCAAGCCUUGGAUUGGUAGAUAAUAAAACUACCCCACAAGAAAGUCAAGUUCAGGAGGAUGAUUUAACUAAGCCUUUGGUUGAUUGCAGUGAUGUUAAAAAUGGAAGUAACCAAACCUCAUUUCCUUUGGUUGUUGAGAGUUCCAACAACAAUAAUAUUGUUAUGGAGUCAGAGGAGGUUGGAAUCAAAGAAAAGGAAGCUAAAAUUAAGUCAACUAAUCAAGUAAGAGGAUCAGGAAAAGAAGUUAAAUACAAGAAUCAAGAAUUGAAGAAGCAGCUAGUAAACGAACCAGCUACCAAUGAGGUUGAAACUCAGGAGAAACUUAUCAAUCAAAUGAAAAAAAUUGAGGAAAAAGAUAAAAAUAAACCUAAGGAUAUGAAAAAACAAGAAGGGCCUCCUGGAAGUUGUGUUGAUUCUGCUUCAAGAAGUCUGGGACCUUCAAAGGAAUAUAGAAACCAGAAUGCCAAUGAAAAAGAAUUAAAGACCAGGACAUUAAAUCUUGGUGAAGGAAUCAGAGUGUACUUCCAUGCAAUUCUGUCUCGGGAUUUCUCAUUUGAUCCUAAUUGUGAUAAAGUAUUCAUAAGAGGAGGAGAAGACUUGGAUGAAAAUGCUUGGAACAGUUAUGUCUGUGAGAUGAAUUGCACAAAAGAACUGGGUGAACAUGGAUUCCUUAUUGAAGGGAAAAUGAUGGUUUCCAAGGACCAAGUGCACAAAUCCAUCCCUUACAAAUAUUAUAUUGUUCAUGGUUCAACCCAGGAGUAUGAAUUUAUAUAUAAAAAACCUUCUAAGCCUGGGCAGCACGUCAAUCGUUGUUUGUUCAUAAAAGAAUCAUCUCUGAGAUCUGGAGAAUGGCAUCAAUAUGAUGAUAUAAUUUGUAUGAAGCCCCAUAAGAGCCUGUUGGCGAAGAUGAAGGAUUUUUUCACAGAUGACAACACAACAAAAGUGGUAAAAGGAAAGUUCAUUGCAGCCAAAAUUAUGCUGGAGAAUAUCUUCAGUAUCCUCAGCUCCUGGAACACCAUUAAUUUAAAUAGUUUUUUCAGCCAGUUUUCUCAGUUUUAUUUUGUGGUCAAGCAACCAAUGGUUUAUGAAGACCAAGCAAAGAAGUGGACAUCUUUAGGCUAUGGAGAAAAAGAGAUGAAGCAGGAAUUGUGGGACAACCUGAAAUCGUCAUUUUUGGGCAAGAACAGUGAUGAUUCUUUUUGGCCAUUGAAAAAUAAAUUGAAGAUGGGAGUAAUUAUCCUCAUGUUAGCUGAAAUCUAUACUUUUCCUGCCUCAGAAGAAGACCUCAUCUCACUUUGUAAACUUCUUUGUUUGGACUCGAGUUCAAGAACUGAUCUUUGCCAAGAACUAAAGGACGUUCCAGAAGCAAAUCUGAACUUGAAAAAACACCUCAUAAAUAUGUGCCAAAAGUGUAUUGAAAAAGAAAUUUUCUAUUGGGUGUGGAUUCUCCCUGUGUUGCACCAUUUUGUGGAAUUUGUUGAUCGACGAAAGGAUAUCCGAAUCCAGCCUCAGAGCACUUGGGCUGGUCUUGAGAGCCUCCCCUUCUCUCAGUUUCAGAAGAUGCCAGGAUUAUAUAAAGCGAAAAAACUACUUGAACACAUGAAAGAAAAAAAAUAUUUGCUGGCAGUAGAUCAAAACUUAUUUCGGUCUUGGUUCUGCUUGAUACCUCUAAGUUGCUUGGUUGACUAUUUGGAUAAUUCAGUGGAAUACUUAACUAAUUUUCCUGCCAGCAUAUUGGACUGUCUACAAGGAAUUUACUAUCGGCUUGAGGAAAUCAACAUUUCUUAUACAUUUCAUGAGGAGUUAGAGAAUCUCUUCAAAAAGCUCUUGAACCUCCUGAAUGCAAACCAGGACAAGAUUCAGGUACACAUGUUAGAGCCCUACUUUACAGUCUGUUUAAAAUUUCAUGAAGUUGUUUGCAAAAAAACAGAAGUGUUAAAAUUUUGUGGAUUGCCUGUCUUAUCUGCAAAGAUUAUUUCAAUGAUGAUCAGACUUACACUUUUGGGGGAUCCCAAAGAUAAGGUAAAAAAUGAAAAUGGGAACAUCAUUUCUGUGAAAGAACUAUUUCAAGAAACUCUGACUACUACUAAAAACUGGUUCCGGAGCAUUUUAAAAGAAGGCCUUCUUAAGCAAUGUAGUUCACUUCUCUCUUAUACUGAUGAGCUUAUGGCUUGGAGUGAGUUUGUAAAAAUCAACUUUCCUAAUGAGCAUCUUUCUGAGGAAUGGAAAAAGUCAUUACUUAGUGAAAUGGAAGGAAGAAUAAAACAGGAGAAACCAGUUCAGCAGAUCAUGAUAUACUGCAGUUAUCAUGACCACCUAAAAAAAGUAGACAACUGUAUUGCUAAGAGCUUUGAGACCUGUGCUAUUGAAGCUGUGAGCCCAGUCUGCCAGUCUCAGACCAACAUCCUUGAUCUGUUAUAUUCUCACAACCUCAGGAAAUUUGGAACUCUUGUUUCUGCUGUAAUCUCUAAAUCCUGGCCAGAAAAAGAUGGGAAAAAAGUAGAUGAUUUGGAUGACGUUUUGCAGCAUCUGCUUACCUGGCCAGAUAUUAAACAUCUCUUCAACCUAUAUGGAAGUGAUGAAAAGAUAUUGGAGGAGAUUACACAAGAUGCAAAGAAGUUGAUGGCCAUUGCUGACUCUGUGUUUACUAAAGUUACUUUUGAUCUCCUGAAUGGAAAGAUUUUUGUUAGACAUAUGGACCUAAUUGAAAAGCACAAGAAACAAAUUCUUCACUUAUGGAAAUUAAAAAACAAUAAUCUUUCACUCCAGGAGAAAGAGUUUGAUUUAGAAGAAGUGCUAACUUGGAGAAUCCAUGAAUUACAAACUUUAAAAAGAGAGAGAAAAUUUGUGGAGAGUUUCCUGAAGUUGUGUAGAAAGGUGAAAGAAUUGAUAAAAGUGGACUUUGGAGAUAUUGAAAAGAAACAUUUGGAAGAUGUUAGUGGAAAGAGAAUGGAUGAAGCAGUUACAGUGAGACUUCCCCAUUCUCCUGCUGUGCGUGAGUACAAGACCUAUUACAAACUGAAGUCUUGGUUACUGGAGAUGGCCAGAACAGUGGACUAUUUAAAAGAUAGCUACGUCUUCCAAGUCUGUUGGGAGAAAGAAGCCCAAUCACUUGGGGGGAAUGAUGAUAACUCCGAGAUGCUGAUUUUGAACCUUGAGAAUGUAUAUGAUGUAUUAUAUUCUCCUUGUCACAGAAGAUUUCACAGACUUUAUAAGGAUCUAAAGUCAGGAGACCUCACAUUCGCUGAUGUACAUUCUGUUUUUAAAAACUUUGUAAAUAAGUAUGAUGAUCUUACUAAAGACCUCAAGAUCAUGUGCAGGCUGGAUCCUGAUGACAAGCAGGACUGGAUCAAUAAGCGAGUUGGACAGAUCAAGGAAUAUCACCACUUGCAUUUGGCUGUUGAUUCAGCCAAAGUCAUCUGCAAGGUGAAAGAAGACUUGGGUUUAUCUGGUGACUUCAGUGUGCUUCAGAUAUUAUUAAGCUUUACUGAUGAAUUUAAUGCUGCCAAUGAGAAAUUGGAUCGUAUCAGUAAUCAACUCAUACAAGCGAAACAAUUGCUGCAAGAUAUUGAUGAGACUCGGCGUCAGUGUCUUGAAGAAAUCUCACUGAGGAAAGAAUUCAUUGGCUGGGUCAAAGAGGCUCUUGAAGAUAUUAAUGAGCUAAAGGUGUUUGUGGACUUGGCCUCUAUCUCAGCGGGAGAGAAUGAUAUGGAUGUGGACCGAGUGGCAUGUUUCCAUGAUGCUGUACAAGGAUAUGCCUCAAUACUAUAUAAACUUGAGGUUCAGGCAGGCUUUAGGGAGUUUAUGGAACAAUUAAAGGAACUGUGGAAAGCUCUGGAAAAUGAUCAGCAUCUACCCAAGAAACUGCGUGAUUCUGCUCGACACCUGGAGUGGCUAAAAACAGUAAAGGAUAGUCAUGGAUCUGUAGAAUUGUCAUCCUUGUCAUUGGCAACAGCCAUCAACAGCAAAGGCAUCUACAUUAUCAGACCUCCCAAAGAUGGUCAAAAGGUAUCCCUGGACACAGUGUUACAUUUGAGCCUUCCUGAAAGACAUGAAGAUCAUGAGGAAGUACGCCAUUAUUCCUUAGAGGAACUGAAGGAGCUUCUCAAUAAGUUGAUGCUGAUGUCUGGAAAGAAAGACCAAAAUCAUGUCGAAGUGGAUAAAUUCUCAGAGGUAUUUUGUAAUAUCCAGAGACUUGCCCAAGCAUUUAUAAACCUUUAUACUGCUGGAAAUAUGCUGUUCAGGUCUUGGACAGCUACAGUAUAUUGCUCUCCCAAGAGUCAGAUUUCCGUACAAAUGAAUUUCCACUUAGAGACUGUAGGACAGCUCACUGGAAAUGGGGAAGUAACUGAAGUCCUAGCAGCCCUGUGUAAGCAGAUGGAACUCUUCCUUGGGAACUGGAAAAGAUUCAUGAUUGAGAAGCGAUCUAAGUAUUUUUAUCUCAACUAUUACACCGCUGAACAAUUAGUUUACCUCUGCAUAGAGCUCAAGAAGCAGAAACCCAGUGAAGCUGCCUUGGCUAUGCUAUCCUUCAUCAAAAAAAAUUGCACCAAAUAUGAUGUCUUAAAAUUUUUGAGUACACCUUAUGGGAGACAUCAUAUGGAUCAGGUCAACUUGGAUGAAUUAAAAUUGGUGCUGUUCUCUGAGUCAGAGCUAUUGGGCAAGGUCAAGGUAGUGUGGGACUUUUACAUGAGUUGUAUGAGUGCCUUUCUACCUAAUUGCUUGAAUAUUGACUCUCUUGGUCUUUGCUUGGCCUACCUGUCAGAGAUGGGAGAGGUUCCCACUGAGCGGCAUCUCCCACAAGGCUUGCAGGCUGGCCAGCCUAACCUCAUCACCUGUCCUCAUUCUGAUGUGCUGUCUGUAGCCCUGGCUAUCUACAUGGAGUCUCCUCACCAGCCCCUGCCCAGCUAUGAUGAGGUGUUGCUCUGUACCCCUUUGACAACUUAUGAGGAGGUGUCACUGUUCUUGCGCCGUUGCCUCACUCUGGGGUACCAGGGGCGUAAGGUCUAUAGCUUGCUGUAUGCAGAUGAGCUUAGCUAUGAAGUAAGCUGCCAGGUGGAAGAACUGUUUCAGAACUUGUGUGUGCAGUGCCACAGGGAAGACUACCGACUGGUGAUCAUCUGCAACAGUGAUCGAGAACAUUGUUAUAUCCCAUCUGUCUUCAGCCAGUAUAAAGUCCUUAUGACCCCUCAGCAGUUUCUCAUGGACAUUCAGGAUUAUCUGCAAAGUCAUUACCAAGUCUCACAUCAUAUUCAUUCAGCAGCUUCAGUGUUUAAGGAUCGUGUCUGUGUGAAGGUUGUAACCUCCAAGAGAGCAGGCGUUGGAAAAUCCCUCUAUGUAAAGAGGCUUCAUAGCAAACUGAAAUUUGAAAAUUCUGGGGAGGAAGUACCUCUGAAGACCAUUCGACUGAUUGAGCCCCAGGUGAAUGAAAGCAAAGUGCUAGCAUCUCUCCUACCUUUCUUGAAUGUAAAAUACCAGAAAAAUCCCAUGCUUAUUCACCUGGACAUCACCUCUUCAGUACAAACUGGAAUUUGGGAAUUUCUUUUCAAGCUUCUGAUUUUACAGUACCUUAUGGAUACGAAUGGGAAAAUGUGGCCUCGACAUAAGUGCCAUUUAUAUGUCAUUGAAAUAUUGGAAGUGAUUUCCACAGUACCAAAGAGAUCAUCAAAGUUGAAUGUACAUGGCCAACAGUUCAGUUUUCUUGAAAUCUUCCCAAAAGUCACAUGCAGACCUCCCAAGGAAGUAAUGUGUAUGCCUUUGAUUUCUUCUGUAAGUGAAAUGGAACCAAGAAUGGAUCGAGAAGAAUUCUGUAGUGAAUCCUUCCAGAGACCUUUCCAAUAUUUAAAAAGAUUCUACCAAGGCCAAAACCUUGAUAUGUUUCAAUAUAAACCAGGUUCCAUCGAAGGGACCCCAGAAGAGUGCCUCCAGCAGUUGCUGAUACACUGUGGUAUGAUGGAUCCUUCCUGGUCUGAACUUCAGAACUUUUCUAGAUUUUUGAAUUAUCAACUCAGAGACUGUGAAGCUUCUCUCUUCUGUAAUCCUGCCUUUAUUGGUGAUACUCUGACAGGCUUCAAGAAUUUUGUAGUCACAUUUAUGAUUCUCAUGGCCAGAGAUUUUGCAACUCCAUCACUCAACAUUUCUGAUCAAAGCUCAGAGAGGCAGAUCUUUACUAUGGAUGGUGUCAAUGAAGAAGACAUUGCUCCUUUCUGUCUCCGAAAGAGAUGGGAAUCUGAGCCUCAUCCAUAUAUUUUCUUCAAUGAUGACCACACAUCUAUGACAUUUAUAGGCUUCCAUCUUCAACCCAAUCAGAAUGGUGGCAUUGAUGCUAUCAGCCACUUGGAUGGAAAAAUUAUCAAGAGAAAUGUCAUGACACAGGAACUGUAUAAAGGAUUACUCUUUCAGAGGGUACCCUUCAAUAUUAACUUUGACCAGCUACCCAGAAGUAAGAAACUUGAAAUACUUUGUAUGGUUUUGGGAAUCCAGUGGCCCAUGGACCCUGAUGAGACAUAUGAGCUUACUACAGACAACAUCCUCAAAAUUCUUGCUAUCGAGAUGCGGUUCCGUUGUGGGAUUCCUGUCAUAAUCAUGGGAGAAACUGGUUGUGGCAAAACAAGACUUAUUAAGUUCCUGAGUGAUCUGCGGCGUGGUGGAAUUGAUGCUGAGAAUAUGAAAUUAGUGAAGGUCCAUGGUGGGACUAGUGCAGCAACAAUCUACUCCAAAAUCAGAGAGGCAGAAGCAGUUGCUCUUGUUAAUAGAACCCAGCAUCAAUUUGAUACUAUCUUAUUCUUUGAUGAGGCCAAUACAACUGAGGCUGUAAGCUGCAUCAAAGAAGUUUUGUGCGACAACACAGUGGAUGGAGAGCCCUUGUUUGAGGACUCUGGGUUGCAUAUCAUAGCAGCAUGCAACCCGUACCGAAAGCACACAGAGGAGAUGAUCAAACGUUUAGAGACUGCUGGUUUGGGAUACAGAGUUAAAGCAGAUGAGACUGUGGAAAAGCUUGGCUCCAUUCCUCUGAGGCAGUUGGUUUAUCGGGUUCAUGCUCUCCCCCCAAGCAUGAUCCCCCUGGUGUGGGACUUUGGGCAACUAAACAACACAGCUGAAAGACUUUAUAUUCAACAAAUUGCCCAAAGACUUGUCCACUCAAUGGGAAUUACUCAGAAAGAUAUUCAUGUGAUCACAGAGAUACUUUCUGCUUCCCAGAGUUAUAUGAGGAAAAGAGAUAAUGAGUGUAGCUUUGUCAGCCUCCGAGAUGUGGAGCGUUGUGUGGAGGUUUUCAGAUGGUUUUAUGGCCAUAAUAGAUUGCUGUUAAAGAAACUGAAUAUUUUUCUCCAAGAGUCAAAUAUCCACAAAAACAAUUUUGAGAGAGAUCCUGUUCUAUGGUCAUUAGUAUUGGCUAUUGGAGUGUGUUAUCAUGCUUCUUUGGAAGAGAAGGAAGCAUAUUGGGAAGUUAUUUGCAAGCUUUUAAAAGGGCCUUAUAGUGACAUAAAGACAGUUCUGGAUGAAAUAAGUCAAAUACAGGAUCUCUUUCUCAGUGGUGUACCUCUAAGAAAAACUAUAGCCAAAAAUUUAGCUUUGAAGGAAAAUAUAUUUAUGAUGGUGAUAUGCAUUGAACUCAGAAUUCCUCUCUUUCUGGUUGGUAAACCUGGAAGCUCCAAAUCCCUUGCUAAGACAAUUGUGGCAGAUGCCAUGCAGGGACAAGCUGCUUAUUCUGAACUCUUCAAGCAGCUGAAACAGGUCCAUUUGGUGUCUUUCCAGUGCAGUCCACAUUCAACUCCCCAGGGAAUCAUAGGCACCUUCAAACAAUGUGCCCGCUUUCAACAAGGGAAGAAUCUGCAGGAAUAUGUUUCAGUGGUAGUCUUAGAUGAAGUUGGACUAGCAGAAGAUUCUCCCAAAAUGCCACUAAAGGCACUGCAUCCCCUUUUGGAAGACGGUUGUAUUGAUGAUGAUCCUCUCCCUCAUAAAAAAGUUGGCUUCAUUGGCAUCUCCAAUUGGGCCCUAGAUCCUGCCAAGAUGAACCGGGGUAUUUUUGUUUCACGUGGCACUCCCAAUAAAAAAGAACUUAUUGAAAGUGCCAAGGGAAUUUGCUGUUCAGAUACACUUAUUCAGGACAAAAUUAAAGAUUAUUUUGCAUCUUUUGCUGAAGCUUAUGAAGUAGUGUGUGAGACCCAAGACAAGGAAUUUUUUGGUUUGCGUGAUUACUAUAGUCUCAUCAAAAUGGUCUUUGCUAUGGCUAAAGCUUCUAAUGAGGAACCUACUCCUCAAGAAAUUGCACAAGCAGUCCUUCGAAACUUCAGUGGCAAGGAUAAUAUUGAUGCCUUGGAUACUUUUACAGCCAAGUUACCAGAGGCAAGAUGCUUUGAAGAAAUCAGCACCAUUUGUCUCAUCUGGCAGAACAUUUAUGGUGAUAGUCAGACUAAUCAACAGGCAGAUGUUGAAUGCCGCUACUUACUUGUUCUGACCAAAAAUUAUGUGGCUCUGCAGAUUCUUCAGCAGGCCUUUUUCAAUGAGAACCAACAGCCAGAGAUUAUCUUUGGCUCUAGUUUUCCCAAGGACCAAGAGUAUACCCAGAUAUGUAGAAAUAUCAACCGUGUCAAAGUCUGCAUGGAAACUGGGAAAAUGGUAGUGCUCUUAAACUUGCAGAACCUGUAUGAGAGCCUCUAUGAUGCUCUUAAUCAGUACUAUGUUCAUCUUGGUGGUCAGAAAUAUGUGGACCUUGGUUUGGGAACUCAUCGUGUCAAAUGCAGAGUUCAUCCAGACUUCCGCUUGAUAGUCAUCGAAGAGAAGGAAGUUGUCUAUAAACAGUUUCCCAUCCCACUCAUAAAUAGGCUAGAAAAGCACUACCUGGAUAUCAAUACUGUCUUGGAGAAAUGGCAGAAAACUAUUGUGGAAGAACUCCAGACAUGGGUGGAAAAUUUCAUCAGUGUGAAUGCAGACCAGCCUUUUGCCAAGCAUAGUUACAGCCCUUCUGAUGUGUUCAUUGGUUACCAUUCAGAUACAUGUGCUUCUAUAGUGCUACAGGUUACCAAUAAUUUGAAGCAACAAGAGUUGACUGAUGAAAUUUAUGCCAGGGUAUCUGAUAAAGCCAAGUACAUGCUUCUGAAUUGUGCCACACCAGAUGCUGUGGUACGACUAUCCAGUUCCAAACUGGGAUCAUUUGCUGCAAAAGCUCUUGCACAAAAAUAUUAUUGUGAUCAACAACAUGACUCCUUUGCAGACUUCCUUCAGGACCAUCUCCAAAGGAUGGAUUCAGGGUGUAACACUAUCUUCACAGAGAUCACUACUUUCUCUAGACUACUGACUAGUCAUGAUUCUGAAAUAUUAGAGACUGAAUUACAGGGUCUAGCUCAAAAACCUAGAAUACUCUGGCUACAGCAAUUUGAUACAGAAUAUUCAUUCCUCAAAGAGAUCCGGAACAGCUUGGAUAUUACAGCUGGAAAUAAAAUCCUGAUUAUUCAGACAGAUUUUGAAGAUGAUCCUAAGAGUGCUCAGCUUAUUGCCUCAGCAAAAUAUUCUGCUGUAAAUGAAAUCAACAAUUUGCUCUUAGACAAAGGCCACAUCUUUGUCUACUUUAUCACAAAACUAUCUCGAAUGGAAAGUGGAGCUUCUUAUGUAGGAUUCCAUGGAGGCCUUUGGCACUCUGUGCAUAUUGAUGACCUACGAAGACCCACCAUUAUGGUUUCUGAUGUGACCAUUUUACAAAAUGUUUCAAUCAGCCAACUGUUCAAGCCAGAGGACAUAGAGUCCACAUCACCCAUAGCAAUGGAGGUGGAGCCUGGGGCAGAAGCAAAUAAUGAGGAUGUUGAAAUGGAAACUGAUACAUCUUCUGGUGAAAUGGAGACAGAAAACCCUGAGAUGGAAAAAGAAAGCUCAGAAAUAAAUAAAACUAAAGAACACACCCAGGCCCUGGAUACUACUAGUCUUCUCAGAAGUUGUGUACAGAGUGCUAUGGGAAUGUUAAAAGACCAGAAUGAUGCUUUUAAGCGUGCUACAAGGAGAGUAGAAAUUCUUCUCAGCCUAUUAACUGAAAAUGAUGAUAUGAAAGGUGCUUUUUUACAGGUUUUCAAGACUCGUUUGUUUUCUCUUUUGAAGAAACAAGAAGAAAACUAUUUCUAUAAUAUGAAGCAAUGGGUGGUAAGAGAAGCUUCCAAUCAGAAUGCCCUCCAGGAGGCAGGAACCUUCAGGCAUACAUUGUGGAAACGGGUCCAGAAUGCAGUGAUACCUCUACUGGCAGCUGUGGUAUCCUUUAUUGAUAGAGAUUGUAACCUUGAGUUGUUAGUUUGCCCAACCUCUUCACCAUGGGUGAAGGCUCUGUGGAUGUUUAUUUUCCAAGACCUUAAGUUUCUGAAUAUACCUCUCAUGGUCAAUAACACUAGUUUGAAGGCAGAGAUGGCACCCAUUAUGGUACAGAACUAUAUGAAACUAUCAGAAAAUGUUUCAAAUGAUGUCCCUUUUUCUUGGAGAAUCAAGGACUAUUUGGAUGAGCUUUGGAUGCAAGCUCAAUACAUCACAAAUACUGAAGGAUUGUCAGAAAAGUUUGUAGACAUCUUCCAACAGACCAACCUGGGCAAGUUUCUAGCCAAUUUCAAUAAGGAAGCACAACAAAUGCUCCUUCAUUCCUACUUGAAAGACUUCCUCCUCUUGACCAUGAGUGUGUCUACCUGGGAUGAAUUGCAGUUUUUGCAGAUAGCCCUGUGGUCCUGUAUUGGACAACUCAAAGCAGAAUCAGAUUAUUCGGAGGAAGAACUCUCCUUACCUUGGGUGCAUCUCGCUUAUCAGCAUUUCAGGAACCGAAUUCAGAACUUUGCUAGGAUUUUGGCCAUUCAUCCCAGUGUUCUGGAGACCCUUCAGCAGGCAAAGAAUAAUCAUAACUUGGCUGGAUCUGAAAUGGUUCUCGAUGUGUAUGCUGCACUGGCUUGUGCUGAAAUGCUAAAAAAAGAUGUUUUGAAGCCUAGCCCUCAAAUUUGGUUACAAAUGGUGAAGAAUCUUCACAUGCCUUUUGAGUUCCUCUGUACAGAAAGCUAUAUGCAAAGCUGUGGGACCAUGUGCAGAACUGUACUUACAGAAAUCAAGAUCCAAUGGAAUCAAAUCUUUUCCAUGGCGCUCUUUGUGGAACAUGUGCUAUUGGAGACCAAAGCUCGACUUCCUGAGUUACAGAAUUUAGUGAUUGAGUAUGUUUCUUUAUUGGGCAAGUGUCUUCAAGAUAAUUCUGAUAUCAAAUCCCACCGACCUUUUGCUGCAGUGAUGGCUGUUCUUUGUGAGUGCAAGGAUCGAGCGAGCCAGAUAUGUAUCAAGUAUGGCUUACAACCUUGUCCAGUUUGCCUAGGAGACCCAAAGGAACCUGUAUGCCUGCCUUGUGACCAUGUAUACUGCCAUAAGUGCAUUAAAACUUGGCUUAUUCCUGGACAAAUGAAAUGCCCCUUUUGUGUCACGGACUUGCCAGACACAUUCUCCAUUGCUGUUUCCCAGGAGCACAGAGAUGCUAUUGCAAAACAUAUACAGUUUCGCCACAUGUGCAACAGUUUUUUCAUAGACCUUGUUUCCACCAUGUGUUUCAAAGACAACAUUCCACCAGACAAGGAAGUUAUUGAAGAACUGCUCUCUCUACUUUUUGUUCACAAAAAGCUCUUAAAAGAUGACCUACUAAUUUCAGGACAUUCUGAAUACACAAAGUCUCUCUCACCAUUUGAUGAUGUUGUAGAUAAAACUCCAGUCAUCCGUUCAGUGGUACUAAAACUGCUCUUGAAGUACAGCUUCCAUGAUGUGAAAGAGUAUAUUCAGCAUUAUUUGUCCCAGUUAGAGCAGAAACCAUUCCUGGAUGAAGAUAAAACUGAACUAUAUACACUUUUUAUUAACUGCCUGGAGGAUUCAAUAUAUGAGAAGGCUAGUGCUUGUACUGAAAAGGAUAGACUCAACUAUCUGAGAGAAGAGGGGCAUUUCCUUGGAAAUUAUUCUCCGUUACUGCAAAAUGUGAGAGAAACUGUGAAUGAGUCCUCAGUUGAAUACUUACAAGACAUGGCCAGGAUCCGGCUCUGCCUGGACAAGGCUUCUGAUUUCCUCUUUGAAUUGCAUGAAGCUGCAGAGAUAGCAGAAGAAAAGCAAAGAUAUCUGCAGCAAGUCAAGAGAUUUUGCCUCCAAGCAGGAAAUGACUGGUAUCGAGUCUACUUGGUGAGGAAGCUGGUUAAUCAGCAUGGAAUGGAAUUUGUACAGAGCCUUUGCAAACAAGACCACCAGUCCCAGUGGGUGUUUCCUAAGGAAAUCAUUGACCAACUGCGAGAUCAGUCAGGCCAGAUGGAUCGCUAUCUAGUAUGUGGAGAUAGUUACAAGGCCCUGCGUGAUGCUGUGGGAAAGGCAAUCCUCAAGCAUGAUCCAACGUGUGUCAUAACUGCUCUGAAGAAAUGCAAGAGUUCAGACACUCAACAAGCUGUCUAUCUGCUCUUGGCAAUUUUCCAGGAGCUAACUGCAUCAUAUAGAUGUCAUAAUGCAAAUGUCCGGCCUACACCAGAGCAAUGUGAAACAGCAAACACAUUCAUCAAGGAAGCAAAAGUUCUUUUUUCUCCUGCCUUGAAGGAAAUGGCAAAAUCCCUAGUGACCAAUGUUUGUCCUUUUCUGACUGUGGAUUCCAAUGAUUCUAUGCACAAAAGUACAGUAACAGAAUUAGCUGUUCAUGCUAAAGCUGUUCUGCUGUGUGGGCAGAAUCCAAUCCUAGAACCUCUAAAGAACCUGGCUUUUAACCCAGCUAGCAUGCAAAAUUCAUUUCUUCCAACAAUGCCUGAAGACUUGCUGGCACAAGCUAAGAAUUGGCAAGGCUUAGAAACAGUCCAUUGGUAUUUAUGCCCUAAUGGUCACCCUUGCUCUGUGGGAGAGUGUGGUGCCCCAAUGGAACAUAGCAGAUGUGUUGACUGUGGUGCUCGGAUUGGAGGAGAAAACCACAGGGCUGUACAAGGCUUUAAUGUGGUCAGAGACAAUGUAGACAGGACUCAAUCUGGCCAUGUACUGGGAAAUCCUGAUGACAGAGGUGUUAUGGUGGUAUCAGACAGAGAGAUAUCUCCAGUUGUCUUCAUUCUCCUUCGAUUACUCACCCAUAUAGCUAUGCUUUUGGGAACUUCUCAGAAUGCACAGGCUCUGAUAAAAAUCAUUAAGCCUACAGUUUGGAAUCCAGAAAGAUUUCUUCAGCAACACAUCCAAAAAGACCUAGAACAACUAAUGAAGAGCCUAGGAAGAAGUGCUGAUGAGACUGCAAAUGUGGUUCACCUCAUUUUGUGCUGCCUCCUUAAGGAACCUCACCACCAACCUGGCCAUUGGCCUGUAGGUUUUGAUGCUACACUGUCCAGUAAAGAGAGGAGGAACAUCUGGGAAAAAGUUGUUGCUGCCAUGAUUAUACUUGAACUGAAGUGUCUGGAUAAAACCCUUCUGGAAGCAAAUAUCCGUAUCAGCCAGGAUGAACGCAUCAGUUCUAACCCAGUGGCCAAGAUCAUGUAUGGUGACCCAGCUACCUUCCUUUCCCAACUGCCUAAGAAAAGUGUUGUGCACUGCUCAAGGAUUUGGAGUUAUAGGAAGAAAAUCACUGUUGAGUAUCUUCAGCAUGUGGUGGAACAGAAUGAUGGAAAGGACACAGUACCAAUCCUUUAUAGGUUCCUGCAGAAGGAAAGAGAAUUGAGGCUGGUGAAAUUCUUACCAGAGAUCUUGGCCUUGCAAAGGGAUUUGGUGAAAAGAUUCCAGAACGUCUCAGAUGUUGAAUACAACACAAUCAGAGGUUUCCUCAGAAGUCACUACCAUUCAGAAGGAUUGAAGCGCUCAUUUCAAAAACAAAUUGAGGUCUUUCUGUCUACAUGGAACAUGUUGAGACGAUCACUCUAUACCAGAGGUGAAAUUAAGCUACCUAAAGAAUACUGCAAUGCUGACUUGAGUCUAGAAAAUGAGUUUGAGAUUCUUCUUCCCCGUCGACGAGGCCUGGGUCUUUGUUCUACUGCUUUGGUCAGCUACUUGAUUGCUCUUCAUAAUGACUUGGUCUAUACAGUGAGAAAAUACACCAAUGAAAACAGUAGUUAUUCUAUUAACUCUUCUGAGGUGACUGACUUGCAUGUCAUCAGCUAUGAAGUGGAGCGAGACUUGACCCCAUUAAUUUUGUCCAACUGCCAAUAUAGUGUGGAGAAAGGUAGAGAAACUUUACAGCAAUUUGACCUAGAGAAGAUUCAGAGACAAGUAACUAGCCGAUUCCUCCAAGGAAAACCACUUCUUACCCUACAGGGACUACCCACUCUGGUCUACAGACAUGACCGGAAUUAUGAACAUAUUUUCAUGGACAUCAAGAACAAGAUGCCUCAGAAAUCUCUCCCCAAUUCAGCCAUUGGUACCAUCAGUGGGCAGCUACAGUCUUAUAGUGAUGCCUGUGAGGCACUCUCUGUUGCAGAGAUCACUUUGGGAUUUCUGAGCACAGCUGGGGGGGACCCUGAAAUGCACCUAAAUGUGUACAUCCAAGACAUCUUGCAGAUGCAUAGUCAAACAGCUCCUGUGUUAAAGGCUUUAAGUAGGUGUCAAUUAAAGCACACUAUAGCUCUGUGGCAAUUUCUUUCUGCUCACAAAUCUGAACAGCUCCUAAGACUUAGAAAAGAUCCAUUUGGAGAAAUCAGUGCAGCAUACAAAGAUGAUCUUAGUGCUGAGAAUGCUAAACUUCUCAACACUUUCUUAAAUCAGACUGGGCUUGAAACCUUUUUGCUGGAACUCCAUGAAAUGAUCCUUUUGAAGUUGAAACACACUCAGACUGAGGGGGAGAACUUUAACCCUAAGUGGAGCUUAAGAGAGACACUGGUGAGUUACAUGGAAACCAAGGAGAGUGAAAUCCCUUCAGAAAUGGAAUCUCAAUUCCCAGAAGAGAUUCUUCUCUCCAAUUGCAUUGCUGUAUGGAAAGCUGCUGCUAGCCUUAAACAGGAUCGAAGACUUACAUAGACCUCUUUUUGUAGUACUAUCUUUGGAAGAGACUUUUGGGAAAAGGGCAAACUCCCUUUUGUCUCCCUUCUCUAGGAAGUGAUUUUUGUUGUAAGACAAUUUGUUGUCUCUAUGAGUGCUUGGAAGAGAAAGUUGUCACAGCAGUAAAUUCAGAACCAAGUUGUGCUACAUAAGUUUGCAACCUUCAAAGCUCUGGGAGCUAAGCUUUUUGGGAAUGUGUAUGUUCCAAAACUCUACUCACAUCCACUUAUGAGCAGUGUUCCCAGGGAAAUCUGAAUUCAGAAUGACUUGAAACUGGAAAUAAGCCAUCUUCCGUGACAUUCUGGAGCAGACAGGUUGCAGCAUGGCUUGGCAGUUUUGUAUUGAUGAAUAAGGUAUUAUACCUCUGGCCCUAAUUUUAACCUAUCUGUAAAGCACACACCCACCAGUUCAGACCUCAGCCUCCCUCAACUACCACACACCCCAGCAAUUGUCCUUUUUUAGCUCAUUUCCCCAUUUCAAGAUAUUUUAUCUGCACUCACAAAAGAAAUUUUUUCUUAUUUCUCUGGAGUUUCUGACUCCUCUACCACUUAUCUAAUUUACAGAAUGAGUCUGUUUAUUUCCUCAUUGUCUUCUUGCAAAUGCAAAACAAUUCAUAAUGUUUUGUGAGUGCCUUAAGAUUAAACAAAAUCUUAACCAAACCUCCAGAAAUAAAAAUAUAGCCAAGUUCAAAUCGGUAGUGGCCAAAAAUGAAAGCAUAACCUUGGAUCAUGGUCGAGUUGGUUUGAGUCCCUGUGGAUAAUUAAUUUUCUGGCAACUGUGUCAAAUGAAUUCAGUAUAGAAGCCUAAACUUCCAUUAAAUGCAACCUCUUUGGGUAUUAGUUCUCUUGCUUUAGUUGAGAGAAUGUACCAAAUCAGCUGGAGUUUGCAAAGAAGAAAGAAAAAGACAAUUAAAUUAGCCCUGAUGUUGUGCUGCUUUCUUUAUCUGAGCUUUCUUCCCUAAUUCCAAUUUCUAGCAGUUCAAGGAUGUAUUUGCAAUAUUGAAAUUAAGGUUCUGAGUGGAGUCAAUGGCAAAUGUGCACUUUUAAAAGUAAUGUUCUAGUUAAGUUCAGGUCCUGAAGUAGCCAAAAUAUUCCAAUAAAUUUAAUAAUAUAUAUCUUCAAUAACAGCGGAAAGAAAUUUGCAGAAGGAACACCAAUUUUAAUUCCUUUUCUAAUUUUCAUUGCUAUAACACUGUCUUAAGGGUAUUUGAACAACUGGGUGCUCAAAAUACUCAGUAAAGUAAUAGUAAUCUGUUUGGAAGCCCUUAGCCACCUACUGAUCUAACAAUGCCAAGACUAUAUAACAGUAUCUCUAAUUUCCCACUGGAUGUAUUAUUUUAACUUAACUUUGGGGUGGAAACCACCUUAAUACCUCAAUUAAAAUAGAAUUCAUUUUAGUUCUUCAGGCCACAACUAGUAUCCCAACCUGGUUUCAGUUUCUUAGCUUGGUGCUGUCCCUAUCUGUACCUGUACCAUGCCUUAGCUGCAGCCAUUUGUUUACAGGUGUCAGGUAGGAGCCUGAGUAAUGUUGUUGCACUGAAGACCAUUUUUGUUGGAUCCCCCUCCUACCCCUUCUGAUUUUUCUGAAGGACUUUUCUAUGAAGGGUUGUAUUUUUUUUUUAUUAUUAUUAUUCCAAAGCCUUAAUUGUCCUGCCCAGCUUAGUCAUGAUGUAUGUACAAAAGUGCUCUUGACCUAGCACAUGGCAGAAACAGACUUUAUUGUAAUUGUUAUUCCUGCUUUAAUAAACCUGAUUUUUUUUUUUUUUUU